CACAACGUUUGAUCUCUCUGCGUGUAUAUAUAUAUACUGUAGGUAUAGUAUAGGUAACGAUAUAGGUAUACUAUACAAUAUUAUCCAUUUUCGUACAAAUAUAACCGAAUAGAGGCUGAGAUGAAGAAAUAAUUUAUUGUAAGUCGGUUUAGUGUAGACUCUGAUUGUAUACUCGGCACACAGUUUUUGGCAUUAAUUCCGCUCUGUUCGAUUAUAUUUUUGUGAUUUUUGGUGUGAAUUUUUGGUGCAGUUUUUUUUUGUUUGUUUUUAUUAUUGUUGGAAAAUGCUCUGGAUAUGUGUUGAUAUUAACAUGUAAUAUGUUGGUGUUAUGAGUUGAACAUUAAAUAAAUUUGAUUUUAUUGAAAACAAAUAAAAUUUUCUGUUAGAAAAAAUUAUUAAAUUUUCUUGAGUCUGCGGAGGGAAAAGAAAACUAAAAAAAUUUUCUUUUAAUUUUUUUCGCUAUCAAAAAGUACAAAAUAAAAAUUUCAUUCAAAUGUGUGAUGAGAACAAAAGAACUAAUUUCCAUACAAUUGAACGUUCGAUUAUGACUGUGGUGUUAUAACAAAUAAUCAAAUAGCCAAUUCAUAAUAAUUAAAAGAAAAAGUGAUCCCCCAUCCCAAAGUGUAAUAUAAUUAACAAACAAACAAAGCAAAAAAUCUGGAUCUCUAAAUUGGAAUUAGAAAUUAAAUUAGUAGAAACGUUUCAAAUCGCAAUGGCUGACGUUAGAAUGGAGGCUUCCCAUGAGGAUUCAGCAUGGACAAAACUACUGAACGGUACAAAUACGGUUGCACCAGUCAUCAUUAAGAUCGACGAUGAACCGAUCAAAAAUAACUUAAGCAUUCCUCCGACACCGUCAAUGGGGGAAAGGAAACCAUCAUUCCUAGAUAACUUUAAUCGUUCGUUGCGCUCAUCAUUUAAGGCUGUUACCGAUUCUCCCGGUCCUAUUUCGAGAUAUCGGCAAACGCGAUAUUCGUCGCGUCGCAUAAGAAAACGUGUUAUUUUUAAACAUGGAGACUGUAAUGUUGUUCAAGGAAACGUUGCGAAGCGUCGUAGACGCUACAUGCAGGACAUUUUUACCACACUAGUGGAUGCACAGUGGCGUUGGACACUAUUUGUUUUCACAAUGAGUUUUAUAUCGACGUGGACGUUAUUUGGCAUUGUAUGGUGGCUGGUGGCCUAUUCGCACGGUGAUAUUGAAUAUGCUGAAAGACUGAGAACCGGUGUUGAAAUGAAUGAAACGCUCAUUCCAUGUGUGACGGAAAUCAAAGGAUAUCAGUCGGCUCUUUUGUUUUCCAUCGAAACACAGCACACAAUAGGCUACGGCAAUCGAUAUAUAACGGACGAAUGUCCCGAAGCGAUUUUCAUUAUGUGCUUGCAGUGCAUUAUGGGUGUAUUCAUUCAAGCAUUUAUGGUUGGCAUUGUUUUUGCCAAAUUAGCUAGGCCAAUUAAACGUGCCCAAACGUUGUUAUUUUCAAGGAAUGCAGUCAUAUGCCAUCGGGAUGGUCUGCCGUGUUUGAUGUUUCGCGUCGGUGAUAUGAGAAAGAGUCACAUCAUCGAGGCUCAUAUACGGGCGCAAAUUAUCCGGAAGAAGGUAACAAAAGAGGGCGAAGUGCUACCGUUCUACCAACAAGAACUCAGUAUUGGUGCCGAUGGUGGCCAAGAUAGACUAAUGUUCAUCUGGCCCACAACGAUCGUACAUAAGAUAGAUAGACAUAGUCCAUUGUAUGCUUUAUCGGCGCAGGAUAUGCUGAAAGAGCGAUUCGAAAUCGUUGUGAUGUUAGAGGGUGUGGUUGAGUCCACGGGCAUGACAACCCAAGCCAGAAGCAGUUACUUACCAACGGAAAUUUUGUGGGGUCAUCGAUUCGAGCACGUCGUUACUUUCCGUAAAGAAACCGGUGAAUAUGAGGUUGACUACACACUCUUCAACAAUACCUACGAAGUGGACACACCACUGUGCAGUUCGAAACAGCUCGACGAAGUUCGAGCCGAAUUUCACUCACCGAACGGCUUAGAACGUCUCUGUUCCGCUGGCAUACUGCCGCGUGUAUCAUCAAUUGCUUCCUUAGAUCCGCCCAGUGACGAAUCGAUUGCAUCGAUGGGCGGCAUACAUAUGCGUUCGAAUUCGAUUCCGGCUGGCAAUGGUGACCGGAAAAAGGCUCCGCGAAGAUUGUCCAUCAAACAGGACCAAUUGUCGGUUGACUCGAUGUGCUGACAUUCGGAUUGCUUUUGUAUUAUUCGUUUGUAAUAUGUUCUUUUAGAUGAAAGUGAUUGUACCUAAAACAUAAUAUUGCAUCCAACAACAACAUUAUUAUAUCUCCAGUUCCAGUUCAAUUGUCAAAAAUUCGUUUUAUUUUUCCAUUAAUUUUAGUCGAUGUGUGUGUGUCUUACAGUGAAACAUA